AUGACGACGCUCCUCUCAUCACGUGUGUUUCUUGCCUUUGACGACAUUUCUUACGCUAGCAAAAAUGUUUUACGCUUUGCUAAGAUUGGUGACACUCAAGCGUGUCUUGUUCUACCCGAAAGUCUGAUUGAAAACUUUUUUUUACCUGCUCAUCUCUGUCGUUUCAUACAAAUUUAUCAGUAUCCAGAUACUCAAGUAGCAAUUAUUACAGUAAAUACGAAUAAACUCGACGUGACACAGCGAUGGGACGUGGCUGAUGCAUUGGUCUCUGCUAUGAGUCAGGCCAACGUCCAGACGCUUAUGGCUGUGCACUUACCGUACGCUAAGGACAGUAACCUCAAUGUAUUCUAUAGUGGUCUAGGCACUGAAGUAGCGGGAGAUACAGCCGUUGACGUGGCCGCCUUGUCAGAAGCUGAUCCUAGCUGGGAAAUAAAGGACCCAUGGCUCGUUGUGCUCUUACAUUUGAUCAAGGUGGAACAAUGGCCACGUACUCAUUUGCUCCUAGCCAAGGGAUAUAAGCCUGGUCGAAACCUGUUAGGGACGUACGAGGCGGUAGAUUCAUUGAGUCGAGCACUUCAGCUUUUUACAAAGGACCAGAUGACGGUUGAAAGACAACAAAUGCAUCAAGAACUGCCAAAAGUGCUUGCCAAGGAGAAAAUGAGGAUGAGGAAGACAACUGAUGAUCACCUUGCUCUACUGUAUCAUUAG